AUCCGGAGAAGAUGUCAGGAAUGAUGAGAGGGAAUUUAAGUUUAUCGGCAGAUUUAAAUGGGUGGGGAUGAAAUAAUAUCUUAAAUUGAAGGGGAAACCAAUAAUCAAAGCUGAAAUGUAACGUGGUCUUCAAUAAAUACCGAAAGGAAUGCAGUCAUGACAACAUGGACCUCACUUGCAUUGGAGGGACUGAAGCCAACAGCAGAAAUAAAUUUAAGUGCAAGCGGGAAUUUGGGGUAUUGUUACCGGGUGUGGUGAGUAGAUGGGAGGGAUGAUGAGUGGAGCAGAAAUCUGACUGGAUAGGAUGGGCCGAAUGGCCUGUCUAUGAAGCAGAAUGGGAUGUCAUUCUAUGGUGAAACAAGAUGGACAAAAGAAACAGAGCAAAUUCCCCCAAGGUGACCACCCACUGCUGAUGGGAACCGGAUAUAGAUGACCAAUCUGAUCACGUGACCGCCCAUAUUCAGCAGCUCCAUGUCAGAGAAAACACUUUGAACCAGGAAGUGCAGGAUUAAAAUGGCUGCGAAAGACCAGGUCGAGAGUUUAACUGAAGAGGUAGUUUGUCCCAUCUGCCUGGAUUUCUUCACCGAUCCGGUGACACUGGAGUGUGGGCACAACUUCUGCCGCUCCUGUAUCACACAGAGUUGGGACAGGGAGGGGAGAAACUCCUGCCCGGAAUGUAGAGAGCAGUUUACAGACCGCACCCUCAGGGUGAAUCGGGCUUUGGCGAGACUGUCUGAGAAAGCUCGAACACUGAGCCUGAAUCUCAAAGAGAAGGAAAGUAAACUUCAGUGCGAGGACCAUCAGGAAGAACUGAAGCUGUUUUGUGAAAUGGACAAGAAACUGAUUUGUGUGGUUUGUGCAGCUGGACGGGAACACAAGUCUCACAGCUUCAUGCCGGUUAAAGAAGCUGUUGAAAUCUACAAGGAACAGGUGAAAGCUUCUUUCGAAUCUCUCACAGAAAAGAAAUUAGAGAUCGAGAAAAUGGAGCAGAAACAGAAAGAGAGCAUUUCUGGAGUUCAGGAAGCAUCACGCAAUCUUCAGUCACAGACCACAUCCCAGUUUGCUGAACUGCACCAGAUUCUCACUGAGAAAGAGCAGCGAUUACUCGGAGAUGUCCGGGAAGAAGAGGAGAAGAUUGUAAAAACAAUGGAGAAAAAUCUUCAAGAGAUACAAGAGAAUUUAAAUUCCAUUCAGGAGGAACUCUCAAAGUUACAGGAGCAGAUAGACCACAAGGACGGAGUGAUAUUUCUGAAGGAGAAAGCUGGUUGCAAGAGCAGGGUUAUUGAUGAAACCAAAUCAAUGUUGGUGGUAGAUGGCGUAAUGCCCAUUGAAAAGUAUGAUCGCACCUUUUUCUACAACGUGGCAUUGAGAGAAACAUCUGAUAUCAUCAAUCGAGUCUCCGUCAUCCUGGAUGUGGAAACAGCGUAUCCGGUGCUCGAGGUGUCUGAGGAUCGGAAGAGGGUGAGACUGACCGGACCCGAGAGGCGUCUCCCUGACACCGGGAAGAGGUUUACAUACUGGCCGUGUGUGCUGGGAUCGGAGGGAUUCACAUCGGGGAGACAUUACUGGGAUGUGGAGGUGGCGGGGAGGCGGUACUGGAGUCUGGGAGUCGCCGCAGAGUCUGUGGAGAGGAAGAGACAGGUCACACUGACCCCGGAGACUGGAGUCUGGAGCAUCUGGCGGCAGGGUGACGAGUUUAAUGCAGCCGCCUCGCCUCUAUCCCCUCUCCUCGCCCGUCCCAUCCUCGGGAGGGUGGGAGUUUAUCUCAGUUACGAGUCGGGGACAGUUUCAUUUUACGACGCGGACACCAAGUCCCAUCUCCACACCUUCACUGGGAAUAAAUUCACAGAGAAACUUUAUCCUUUCUUCGAGACUUAUGAAGACCAGUGGCUGAGAAUCUGCUCCGGUUCCGCUCCGGGUGUGUAAAAGGGUCGGGUCCCAGGACCGGUGUCAGGAGCGGGGCUCAGGGGCUGUGGGGCAGAAACCCGGUGGGCAACAGGUCGGCGCUGAAUGAACGGCUCCCAUUUAAUCCCCAAAUUCCGCGUCGUGAAACAAACCCCAGUGAGCGCGGAAAUAAAACCAGGGGGAAUGUAAAUGUGGGAAGAGUGAAAUAAACAGCAACUGAAAUCA